GAGCGACCCCGCUGGUCUCCCCCCCUUGUUCCCCUACCCUGCAUCUCCCUCCCUCCGUUCCCCCGCGGCGCGAGAUCCGGGAUGCAGCAGGCGGCGGGGCCGGCCGAGGACGAGGACGAGGAGAUGGGGGUCAAGGAGGAGGACGGCGACGAGGAGGAGGAGGAGGAAGACGACGGCUACUACAUGGACCCGUGCCCCGCGGCCGUCGCGUCGCCUCCCGGCGUAGGCGGCGGCAGGGCGAACCCGGCGAGCCGGCGGCGCGCGCGCGAGGAGAAGGAGCGGACCAAGCUGCGGGAGCGGCAGCGGCGCGCGAUCACGGGGCGGAUCCUGGCGGGGCUGCGCCAGCACGGCAACUACAGCCUGCGGGCGCGCGCCGACAUCAACGAGGUGAUCGCGGCGCUGGCGCGCGAGGCCGGGUGGGUCGUCCUCCCCGACGGCACCACCUUCCCCUCCUCCGCCGCCGCGGCUGCGCAGCCGGGCCCCCGCCCCGUGAUGGUCGCCGCCGCGCCGCUCGCGCUCCCGACCUCGCCGGCGCUCCCCCUCCGCGGCAUCUCGCCCGUCGCCGCCCGCCCCAUCUCCCACCGCCCCGCGCCGGCGUCCUCCCUCCUCCUCUCGCCCCCACGCGCCGCAGGAGCCGCCGCCGCCUCCUCGCGUCCCCCGGCGGACGACGUCCCUGACGGCGGCAGCUCCUCGCACCUCCUCGCUGUCCCCGUCAACGUCCCCAUGGACCCCGCGGUCGCCGAAGACGCCGCCGUCGCCAAGCAGGUGCCCGAGGUGGCGCCGCGCCCGCCGGAGCGGGACUUCGCCGGCACGCCCUACGUUCCCGUCUACGUCAUGCUCCCCCUUGGGGUGGUCAAUGUCAGCGGCGAGGUGGUGGACGCGGACGAGUUGGUGGGCCAGCUGCGGGUGCUCAAGGCAGCCGGGGUGGACGGGGUCAUGGUCGACUGCUGGUGGGGGAACGUAGAGGCGCACAGGCCGCAGGAGUACAACUGGACUGGCUACAAGCGCCUAUUUCAGAUGAUCAGGGAGCUCAAGCUCAAGUUGCAGGUGGUCAUGUCAUUCCAUGAAUGUGGUGGCAAUGUUGGCGACGAUGUGUCAAUUCCUCUCCCACAUUGGGUAACAGAGAUUGGAAGGAGCAACCCAGAUAUCUACUUUACUGACAGGGCAGGAAGGCGUAAUACUGAGUGCUUGUCAUGGGGGAUUGAUAAAGAAAGGGUUCUCCAAGGCCGAACAGCAGUGGAGGUAUAUUUUGACUUUAUGAGAAGCUUCCGAGUGGAGUUUGAUGAGUAUUUUGAGGAUGCGAUCAUCUCAGAAAUUGAGAUUGGACUAGGGGCUUGUGGAGAGCUGCGAUAUCCAUCUUAUCCAGCAAAACAUGGUUGGAAAUACCCUGGCAUUGGGGAAUUUCAGUGCUAUGACAGGUACUUACAGAAAAAUUUGAGAAGAGCUGCAGAAGAACGGGGGCAUACUAUAUGGGCAAGAGGACCAGACAAUGCUGGCCAUUAUAAUUCGGAACCAAAUCUCACUGGGUUUUUUUGUGAUGGAGGAGAUUAUGAUAGUUAUUAUGGCCGUUUUUUCCUCAACUGGUACUCUCAGAUGUUGGUGGAUCAUGCGGACCGUGUACUGAUGUUAGCAAGGUUGGCUUUUGAGGGUUUAAACAUAGCUGUUAAGGUCUCUGGAGUGCACUGGUGGUACAAAACUGCCAGUCAUGCUGCUGAAUUGACUGCUGGGUUUUACAACCCAUGUAACCGUGAUGGCUAUGCUCCAAUUGCUGCAGUAUUGAAGAAAUAUGAUGCUGCUUUGAACUUUACAUGUGUUGAAUUGCGCACUAUGGACCAGCAUGAGGUAUACCCUGAGGCAUUUGCAGAUCCAGAGGGCCUGGUAUGGCAGGUGCUAAAUGCUGCGUGGGAUGCUGGUUUACAAGUGGCUAGUGAGAACGCUCUACCUUGCUACGAUAGAGAAGGAUUCAACAAGAUUCUGGAGAAUGCCAAACCACUGAAUGACCCAGAUGGACGGCAUUUGUUUGGAUUCACCUACCUGAGGCUUAGCAAAGUUCUGUUUGAGAGGCCCAACUUUUUCGAAUUCGAGCGCUUCGUCAAGAGAAUGCAUGGUGAGGCGGUUCUUGAUCUGCAAGCAUAGAUGUGUAGCUUAUUACAUACACAUAUACAAGUGAUUCUGAUUGGCUUAGGCCUUACGGCCUACAUUUUUGCUCCUUUUUUUCGGUUGCGUAGGUGGUAGUAUCAGCUGAUUUUUGACCUGUUACAUAGAAUAGAACUCGCUGCUCUAUUUGUAAAGGCUAUUUAUAUAUGAAGACCCGUGGGUUUACUUGAAUUUUGGUGGGUAAACAGUGAA